AUGAAUUCCACCAAGCCCCAGUCCCAGUUCCAAUUUCCUCCCCUACCUGAUGUUCCACCACCGCAGCCAACGCGCACUCUUCGACGGUUCCAAUCACAUCAGAAUCUAUCUACGAAAACCCAGUCAGUUUCACGACUGCAGUUCAACCGCAGCUCCGGAAGCAAACCCGAUUCACAUGGAAACCAGCCCCAUACGCAAGCCGGUCCGGCGACGCCCGCGCAUGGCCGCCACCGCUCAAAUAGCGAUGCCGCCAGCCCUACAGCCGUAAGGAAUCUGGUCAAUUUGACCCAAAAGCCUCGUUCUUCGACUCGAAAGUCUGGGUCAAUGGGAUUUCCUGGAAAGCGGUCCGGGCUCGAAAUACUGCUCAGAGACGGACCUUCAGAGAAUAACCUUGCGGCUGGGUUGGACGAACUGAGGUACCUCAUUUUGUCUACGAGGGUGGAUGCUGAUGGGGAUGGCAUGUCCCCUCACCGCAUAUACGUAUGGUUAGCACUGCUUAAUAUCCCCCCUCUUCCUACGGAUGAGUACCUAUCCCUUGUCCAUCGCGGCCGGUCACCGGUCUACACCAAAAUCCGCAAUGAUACUUUCCGCACGCUCGCUACAGAUCCGUUGUUUAAACGUCGCGUCACCGAAGCCAGUUUAAUUCGGCUCCUAAACGCCGUCGCUUGGAAAAUCCACGAUUCAAGUGGAGGAAAAUCUUCAAAGGCCAAGCCAAAAUCUCUGACGUUAUCGAAUACCACCCGACAUUCAAGCAAGCUAUCCGCAGAAACCCUUCCUUCCCCGAUCUCAGAGGACGCCCCUCAUCAACCAUCGAGCCAAACAAACUCCGCGGACCCGGCAAUAUACGUACAAGGCAUGAACGUUCUCUGCGCUCCUUUCCUCUACGCAUCCAGAAGCGAAGUCGAAGCCUUUGCUCUCUUCCACCAUUUCGUCACCCAGGAAUGCCCGGGAUACAUUCGCGGUGCCAUGGACGGGGUGCACAAGGGCCUGAAACUAGUAGAUAAAUGUCUCGAAAUCGUCGAACCCAAACUCGCAUAUCACUUGUUUAGCAAGGGCAUGUUCGCUGAACUAUAUGCGUUCCCGUCGGUUCUAACACUGUGUGCGUGCACACCUCCUCUUCCGGAAGUACUGCACCUGUGGGAUUUUCUCUUCGCGUACGGACCGCAUUUGAACAUUUUGUGUAUUGUGGCUCAGUUGAUCAGGAUGCGGGAUACAUUACUGGCAAGUUCGAGUCCCAAUAAACUGCUUAGAUCCUUUCCGUCGCUUGAUGCAAAAGAAAUUACUGCGCUUACAGUUCUCAUUGUGAAGAAGAUUCCGGACGAAUUAUACGAACAGCUCGUUCAGCAUGCUAAAUAG